AUGGCUACAAACGGAACCGUUCUCGUCUGCCCCGCGCAAUGCCCUGAUCCCAUGGCCUGGAAAGGCCAACUUAUCGCUGGUGCCUGUGGGCUGGCUGCGCUGGCCUUGGUUUUGGGGACCGUGAUUUGGGUUACCCGGCUCCUCGCCCGCCAAGCUCGGCUGAAGGACCCCCAGAUGGUGGUCACCAGCGAGUACCUCCAGCAGAGGGAGGAGGCGAAGAAGGCGGAGAAGAGAACUUGGUUGCAGUUCUGGGCCAAGAAGGGUGUGUCACUCAAGAAGCCCAUGUGGGAAGUGUUACCCAUACUAACCAAGGGUGCCUCUCUAGCCGUCGACGAGACCACCAAUCCCAAGAAGGAGAAGAAACUCUCUCCUCCUCGUCCGACGGUCCUUUGCAGCGGCACGUUGGCCACGCUGCCACCAGGGGAGCUACCCCUCGUUCAAAAGCCAAACUCCACGGCUCAUGUGGAGUUUGUGGCGCCGCGGGGCCUCCACCUCCCCCACCAGCCCGACGCCGAGCUUGACGUCCUGUCCGGCAUCAAGAAUGCCAUCAAGGGCAAGAAAAAGGUCUAA